AUGCGACGCGCCUCUUCGACGUCUUCGAGCUAUUCGCACAUCUCGGACGCCUCUUCUUCUGGCGAUGCUCUGCGACCCACUCUCUCUCGCGCUUCAAGCAUCGCCUACUCCGACGACGGAUCGCUGUCGACGCCUACUUCGUUCCGCACCAACCACUCGAGCGCUUCCGCGUCCAUGGAAGGCGUCGAUCUGCUCGGUCACUCUGGUUCCGCCGGCGCUCUGCCGCUCACCGACCUCUUUGAGACCUACUUUUCACCCCGCAUCGAUCUAGCAGGUCGCAAAUGGUCCGCUUUCUCCGGCGACGUGCGUUCCCGUGCACGUCGUAGGCGGGAAGAGCUUGUGCGCAAAGCAAAGUCCAAACGCGAGCUGCAACAGAUGGACGACGAGCUGAAAAAGAUGCGCAGCAAGGUCUCGAAGCGCAUCGAAAACUUGCAACAGAGAUGGAUGGACGCCAAAGUGGUUCGUUUGAGAGACAAGGUGUCCUUUGUCGUCGGCGUUUGCAAUCUCGUCGUCAGCUCGCUCGUGUUCGCUCUCCGACCCGAACUGGUCCCAACGCUCUAUUCGCUGUUCGCGCUGUACUUUUUGCCCUUGAGGGUGUACUCGUACACGUCCAAGAAAUGGCACUACUUUCUCUUUGACUUUUGCUACUUCCUCAAUGUGGCCAAUCUCCUGUUCAUCUGGGUCUUUCCCAACUCGGAGUUCCUCUUCACCGUGUGCUACUGCGCAGCUCACGGUCCGCUGGCUUUCAGCGUGGCCACGUGGCGAAACAGCCUCGUCUUCCACUCGCUCGAAAAAAUGACCUCGCUCUUCAUCCAUCUCUACCCGCCCUUCGUCUUCACCACCAUGGUGCACUUCAUGCCACACGAUAAAGCCGUCGAGAGGUUUCCGGCGUUGAAGAACUUGACUACGCUGAACGGGUAUACCAGUUUCUGGUUUAAUGUCACGAUCUACCUGGUGUGGCAGUUGGUGUACUACGAGCUGAUCGUGAUCCGCAAGAAGAGCAAGAUCGAGACGGGCGAGCGGAUCAACUCGUAUUCUACCAUGAGCAAGGGCAAAGGGCCUGUUGCGAACUUGCUCGGCAAAGCGCCGCCAAAGAGAAGGGAGCCUGCUUUCAUGCUGUUGCAGUUCGUCUAUACGAUCAUUACCACCCUGCCAGCUCCGCUGCUGCUCUACCCAAGCUCCACAGCUUCCGCCAUCUUUUUCACGGGAAUCUUUGUCAUCAGCGUCUGGAACGGCGCCUCGUACUACGUCGAAGUCUUUGGCCGUCGCUUUGAGAAGGAGCUGCUCGGAUUGAGGCGAGAGAUGGAAAUGAUCAAGACCACCGAAUCCGUCGUCUCUGGGGUCAACACAAGGAGCCGUGACGCUGAAGCAGCGGCGGAAGGGGAGGAGGAGGAGGAGGAGCCAGCAGAGGCUGCAGCUGCAGCUAGUGGCUUGCCUGCUUCAGGACAGGCCAAGAAGGAUCAAUGA